AUGGGACGCAAACGGUGGCAGCAUGUGGAUGGCGAAAGUGUUAGGAACUUUGUUAUAUUUUUGUUGAUUUUACAAAACUGUGGCCGAGCACGCGCCCAACGGGCACAUCAGCGUGAUGGAUUAGCAAAGUUCGAGUUUAACGGCACAGCUUUGUAUGAUUUUAAUUUUGCGAAAUUUUAUGAAACUUUGUGCUCACAAUUGGCGCCCAGCGCACACAGGCGCCUUGUGCUUAUAACGACCAAGAAACCAUUUCAUGUACUCGAACAAUUGCAGCACGACUUAGAGGAAAAGCUGAAGAGAACGACAACGCUGAAGCCCUUUCAUGUGCUCGAGCAAUUGGAGUUGGAUGCACAAAUGUUACAGCCGCCCAAGCAAAAUGCUAGCUUUGAUAUUGUCGAAGCUCUGGAAAUGGACCAUGCGGCGCAUUUAAAGCAAACAACAACGAUAAAGCCUUUCCAUGUGAUCGAGCAGCUCGACAAAGAUCUAUCGCACUCCUUGAACCAUAGAACGACCACAAUUCGCCCCUUUAACGUUAUGGAGGAGUUGCAUGCGGAGGCGCACCAGGAAUCUUUGGCCGAGCAUUUGUUGCAUGCAGCGACCAGCUCCGAAGAGGGGUUCGAAAUCUUGCAGCCGGUGGAGCAGCACAAGGGAGUAGAGCCUGCAGAAGCUACACGGGCAAAGGACAGUCAGAAACGAAAACGCAAGCGCAUUCGGAGACGCCGCAAACGAAUACGUAAGCGACGAAAGCGCAAACGUAAGCGGGGCAAGAAAAAGCGGAAGAAACGCAAAAAGCGCAAGAAGGGCGACAAGAAGAAGAAAAAUAAACGCAAAAAGCAGACCCAUUCAACUGUUGUGGGUCAACCAGCGCAGUUGAUAUUCGCCAAUCCCACCAAACAGCCUUAUUACUAUCCCCAUCAUUAUCCUGCACAUCCUUCAACUACUGCAGCUCCCCUGACAACCAAAAAACCCGCGACAACUCACGCACCCUUUAACAAAAUCAAAUACAUUCUUCGGCACAACAGUCUGCUGAAGAAGAAGAAAAAGGAAUACCUCAGCCAUGUGGGCCAUGUGGUCUAUCCGUUCGUCAAAUUUGUCGCCUUCUUCACCGUCCUAAAUCCCUUCACACUGGGCGUAUUCCUCUUUAGUCUGCUUUCGCCAGUAGUCUUCGGCUUUCUAGGCUUUGUGGCGCUCAGUGUGCUUGUGAAGCCCUUCCUGCAUCUUGUGUUCGGCGUCAAACGGAAUGUGGAUGACAUUGAACGAAAGCGUUGGCGUGCAGCCAAGCGAGCCGAGCGAUGGCGCUUGGGACAGCGACCCAUUACCAUACACAAGCAUUACUAUGAGCAAAGGCCGCUCCACUCAAAGCCACCCACCGUCCUCCGCCCCGUAGUGGUCAGUGACUGGCGACGACAGCAGCACAACCCGCUACUGCCGGAGCAACGCAUUUCUCUGGCCAACAACAGCGAUAAUAAAUUUCCAUUUCUUUAG